GGCGGAAGUGACGUUGAGCCUCGGCGCCCGGGCCAUGGCGGCGGCGGCGGUGGCAGCAAGGGUUGCGGCGUGAGUGGCAGCUGCGGACCGAGCGGACCAGGGCAGCGGAGCCCCGGGGUCCCCGGGGAGAGGCCCGCAGCAGGGCAGCGCGAAGGCCGGAGCUGGACCUCUCUCAGCGGAGCCCUGCUUGGAGAGGGGGGAGGUCUGUGCCCCGUCACCAUGACGACGCCGGCGAAUGCACAGAAUGCCAGCAAAACGUGGGAACUGAGUCUCUAUGAGCUGCACCGGACCCCGCAGGAAGCCAUCAUGGAUGGUACAGAGAUUGCGGUUUCCCCUCGGUCACUGCAUUCGGAGCUCAUGUGUCCCAUCUGCCUGGACAUGCUGAAGAACACAAUGACCACCAAGGAGUGCCUGCAUAGGUUCUGCUCGGACUGCAUCGUCACCGCCCUGCGGAGCGGGAACAAGGAGUGCCCUACCUGCCGGAAAAAGCUGGUAUCCAAGCGGUCCCUACGGCCGGACCCCAACUUCGACGCCCUGAUCUCCAAAAUCUACCCUAGCCGGGAGGAGUAUGAGGCCCAUCAGGACCGGGUGCUCAUCCGCCUCAGCCGCCUGCACAACCAGCAGGCGCUGAGCUCCAGUAUCGAGGAGGGGCUCCGGAUGCAGGCCAUGCACAGGGCCCAGCGUGUGAGGCGGCCGAUACCUGGAUCUGAUCAGACCGCCACAAUGAGUGGGGGGGAAGGAGAACCUGGGGAGGGAGAAGGGGAUGGAGAGGAUGUAAGCUCUGACUCCGCCCCAGACUCUGCUCCUGGCCCUGCUCCCAAGCGACCCCGCGGAGCUGGUGCAGGGGGCAGCAGUGUAGGGACAGGGGGAGGGGCUGCUGGUGGGGCUUGCGGGGGUGCCGGUUCCGAAGACUCUGGUGACCGGGGCGGCACCCUGGGAGGGGGAACCCUGGGCCCCCCAAGCCCUCCUGGGGCCCCCAGUCCUCCAGAGCCCGGUGGAGAGAUUGAGCUUGUGUUCCGGCCCCAUCCCCUGCUUGUGGAGAAAGGAGAGUACUGCCAGACUCGGUACGUGAAGACUACUGGGAAUGCCACAGUGGAUCAUCUCUCCAAGUACCUGGCCCUGCGCAUUGCUCUGGAGAGGAGGCAGCAGCAGGAAUCCGAAGAGCCUCGAGGGCCUGGUGGGGGUGCUUCGGACACAGGCGGACCUGAUGGGGGUGGUGGGGAGAGAGGGGUUGCCGGAGGAGGCGAAGGUCCUGAGGAACCUGCGCUGCCCAGCCUGGAAGGUGUCAGCGAAAAGCAGUACACCAUCUACAUCGCUCCUGGGGGUGGGGCAUUCAUGACACUGAACGGCUCACUGACCUUGGAGCUUGUGAACGAGAAGUUCUGGAAGGUGUCCAGGCCCUUAGAGCUCUGCUAUGCCCCCACGAAGGACCCAAAAUGACGUCCCAAGGGGACAGCCGGAAGAUGGGGACCACAGGGUGUCUCUGUGUCCCAGCUCAGCCUGCCAGCUUCAUCUCCCAAAGCCCCCCAGCCAGACAGCAAGAGGACAAAGGAGGACAAACGGCUUUUAUACAAAGUAUCUAUAUUGAAUUAGUCUAUAUUGGACAGCACGGGCCCUGUACCCACUACUGCCUUUUCUAUGGACCCUAGCUUCCCACCCUGCUGGUGAAGGGCAGGGUGGACAAGAUCCCCUCCCUGCCCUCCUCCCAACAACAAAUUUGCUUAUUUCUUCUUUGAAA